AUGUUGAAAUAUCGAGAUGAGUUGGCUAUCGCAGCCAUCUAUAACGAUUGGGAGAUUGGUGGUAUUGUCAAUGAUGUGUUCGUAAAAUGCCAAGAGACCCUCAGGCCGGCCAUCACCGAUGCGAUGCGAAAGUACAAUGUGGACGACAACUUCUGA